AUGGCUGAGCCCGAGUUUGAGCAAGCGUACAAGGAGCUCGUCUCCACUCUUGAGGCCUCCACCCUCUUCGAGAAGAACCCCGAGUACAAGAAGGCCCUCGAGGUUGUCUCCAUCCCCGAGCGUGUCAUCCAGUUCCGCGUUGUCUGGGAGGACGACUCCGGCAAGUGCCAGGUCAACAAGGGCUACCGUGUGCAGUUCAACUCCGCCCUCGGCCCCUACAAGGGCGGUCUCCGUCUUCACCCCACCGUCAACCUUUCCAUCCUCAAGUUCCUCGGUUUCGAGCAGAUCUUCAAGAAUGCUCUUACCGGCCUGAACAUGGGCGGUGGCAAGGGUGGAGCCGACUUCGAUCCCAAGGGCAAGAGCGACAACGAGAUCCGCAAGUUCUGCGUUGCCUUCAUGACCGAGCUCUCCAAGCACAUCGGUGCCGACACCGACGUCCCCGCCGGCGACAUCAACGUUGGUGGUCGCGAGAUCGGCUACAUGUUCGGCCAGUACCGCCGCCUUCGCAACCAGUGGGAGGGUGUCUUGACCGGCAAGGGCCUCAACUGGGGUGGUAGCUUGAUCCGCCCAGAGGCCACCGGAUACGGUCUUGUCUACUACGUCGAGCACAUGAUCAAUUACGCCUCUGGCGGCAAGGAGUCGUUCAAGGGCAAGAAGGUCGCCAUCUCCGGCUCCGGCAACGUUGCCCAGUACGCCGCUCUCAAGGUCAUCGAGCUUGGCGGUACCGUCGUCUCGCUCUCCGACAGCAAGGGCUCCUUGAUCGCUACCGAGGGCAAGGGCUUCGCCCCCGAAGAUAUCUCUAAGAUUGCUUCCCUGAAGCUCAAGCGCCAGGCUCUUACUGCCUACGAGGGCCACUCUUUCAACUACAUCGAGGGUGCCCGCCCUUGGAAGCACGUCGGCAACGUCGACGUUGCCCUCCCCUCGGCAACCCAGAAUGAGGUCUCUCAGGAUGAGGCCGAGGCUCUCAUCGCCGCGGGCUGCAAGUUCAUUGCUGAAGGCUCCAACAUGGGCUGCACCCAGGAGGCCAUCGACGCCUUCGAGUCUCACCGCAAGUCCUCUGGAGGCAACGCCAUCUGGUACGCCCCCGGAAAGGCCGCCAACGCUGGUGGUGUCGCUGUCUCUGGUCUUGAGAUGGCUCAGAACUCCCAGCGCCUAUCCUGGACUACCGAGGAGGUUGACGCCAAGCUCGCUGGCAUCAUGAAGGACUGCUUCGAGAACUGCCUCCAGACCGCCAAGGAGUACAUCACCCCCAAGGAGGGCGAGUUCCCGUCGCUCGUGGCUGGUGCCAACGUUGCCGGUUUCAAGAAGGUCGCUGCUGCCAUGCACGACCAGGGCGACUGGUGGGGCACUGCUUAG